UUGUUGAGCAGAGCUAACGCCGCAUUUCGUUUGGUGUUUGGUGUUUGGAGAAGGAAAAGCUACUGGAAGAGACUGAAUAAGAAAGAAGCGGGACUGCAAUCGACCAGAAUCAAAGCCUAAAAGUAAACUUUUAAUCCCAAAAAAAAAAAAACAAAAAGAAUGGCGAGUCUGUCGAAAUGGCGGUCUUGCUGUGGUGGUUCUGUGUUGAAAUCGGCCGUUUCAUUUCAAAGCUCACGGCGGUGCCACGCCAAAUUGGCUUCGUCGUUGUCGUCGUCGUCUUUAUCAUCAGAAGCAAAGGAAUCCCCUUUUUCCUCAGAAGAGGAGCUUCCAGUGAGCUCGGGAAUCAGCAAGCCCAUCUCCGAUAUCCUCAAACAACUCAACAAGAAAGUCCCCGAUUCCCUCGUCAAAGUCCGCUUCGACAAUGGCGUUUCCACCAAAUACAUUCCCUGGCAUAUUGUUAACCGAAUCAUGAACUUACAUGCUCCAGAGUGGUCCGGUGAGACCCGAAGCAUCACUUAUUCUCCAGAUGGAAAAUCUGUAUCUGUUGUUUACCGCGUCACUCUCUAUGGCACUGAUGCUGAGAUAUUCAGGGAGUCGACGGGGACUGCUACUUUAGAUGACACAAGUUAUGGGGAUCCUAUUCAGAAGGCAGAAGCUAUGGCGUUCCGCCGAGCUUGUGCACGUUUUGGACUCGGCCUUCAUCUCUAUCAUGAGGAUUUGGUGUAGACACGCCAAGGCCUCCUCGACAAAUCCUACAAAUUUUUGGAAAGGAAACUUCAUCAGGGUCUAGUGUGCUAUUAACUAUUAAGUAUGUAGGCUUUGCAGUGACAUUUUGCUUUGCUUAAUGUAACUUUUGAUACUAAAACCGUGCAAGUGACAAGGAUGAAAAAGCGAAGUGCUCUUUUUUUUUUUUUUUUGGGUGGA